AUGAAUUAUUUACUAUUUGUUUCGUGCCUGUUUGCUCUUUGUUUGGCUGCUACUUAUGGUCAAUUCUUUUCAACUGUCAAAACAACUGGUCGAACAACAGGUCGAACAACUAGUCGUCCAAGUGGUACAACUCCAAGUAGUGUAUUAUCAUGUGUUUGUUCAUGUUGCUCUGGUCUUCGUUGUAAACCAAUUUUUCUUCAAUCAUUUGUUGAUACAACCUGCGUAGCUAAAGCAUGUAAAGACAAAUGUAAAGUAUUCGAACCAAAACAUUGUGAUCACACAAUUAUGGGUACCAACGAUGCUUAUUGUACUGUUUUACCUUAA